AACAACCAUAUCCUUGCUUUAGAUCAAUUCACUUACAUUCAUCAACAAUGCAAGCUCCUGUGGUGUAUAUGAACACCUCUACACAACGUCAAACUGGACGUCAGGCACAAAUAGCUAAUAUAACCGCGGCCAAAGCCGUGGCUGACAUUAUCCGUACUUGUCUUGGACCUAAGGCUAUGCUUAAGAUGUUGCUUGAUCCUAUGGGUGGUAUUGUAUUGACCAACGAUGGUCAUGCCAUCUUGCGUGAAAUUGAUGUUUCUCAUCCUGCUGCCAAGUCCAUGAUUGAGUUAAGUAGAACCCAAGAUGAAGAGGUCGGUGACGGUACCACCACCGUUAUUAUAUUGGCCGGUGAAAUCUUGGCUCAGACUUUCCCAUAUAUCGAAAAGAACAUCCAUCCAGUAAUCAUUAUCCAAGCGUUAAAGCAAGCUUUAAAGGAUGCAUUGGAAGUCAUUCAUGAAGUUAGCACUCCUGUUGAUAUUACUAAUGAUAGUGCUAUGCUUAAAUUGAUUAGUGCUAGUAUUGGUACUAAAUAUGUUUCCAAAUGGUCAGAAAAGAUGUGCGAGUUGUCUUUAAAAGCUGUCAGAACAGUUAUGAUUGAAAAUGGUGAUUACAAGGAAAUUGAUGUCAAGAGAUAUGUCAGAAUUGAAAAGAUUCCCGGCGGAGAAGUUACCGAUUCCGAGGUACUUGAUGGUAUCUUACUUAAUAAGGAUGUUGUUCAUCCAAAGAUGAAGAGAAAUAUCGAAAAUCCAAGAGUUAUAUUAUUGGAUUGUCCAUUGGAAUACAAGAAGGGUGAAUCACAAACUAAUAUAGAAAUCACCAAAGAAGAAGAUUGGAAUAGAAUACUUCAAAUUGAAGAAGAACAAGUUAGACUCUUGUGUGAACAAAUCUUGGAAUUCAAACCAGAUUUGGUCAUUACUGAAAAGGGUGUUUCUGAUUUAGCCCAACAUUAUUUACUUAAAGGUGGAGUUUCUGCAUUACGUAGAGUCAAGAAAUCCGAUAAUAAUAGAAUUGCUCGUGCUACUGGAGCCACCAUUGUUAAUAGAGUUGAAGACUUGAAGGAAUCCGAUGUUGGUACCAAGUGUGGAGAAUUCAAAGUUGAAUUAAUUGGUGACGAAUAUUUUACAUAUUUGGUCAAAUGUAAAGAACCACAAGCAUGUACUGUUAUGUUGAGAGGUCCAUCUAAGGACAUUUUGAACGAAAUUGAACGUAACUUACAUGAUGCCAUGGCUGUUGCUAGAAACGUUAUGUUUGAACCAUCUUUGUCUCCAGGUGGUGGUGCCACUGAAAUGGCUGUAGCUGUUAAAUUAUCCGAAAAGGCCAAGACAAUCGAAGGUGUUGCUCAAUUACCAUACCAAGCUGUUGCUGAUGCCUUUGAAGUUAUUCCACGUACUUUAAUUCAAAACUGUGGUGGUAACCCAAUUAAGGUAUUGUCACAAUUGAGAGCCAAGCAAGCUCAAGGUAAUCACACUUUUGGUAUUGAUGGUGAUAAUGGUAAAGUUGUUGAUAUGAAGGAGUAUGGUAUCUGGGAACCAGAAGUUAUUAAACAACAAUCAAUCAAGACUGCAAUUGAAAGUGCUUGUUUGUUGUUGAGAGUGGACGAUAUUGUCAGUGGUGUUCGUCAGCAACAAUAAUAAUUAUAGAUUUAUAUAUAAAUUCUAAUUACUUUUCGGUUUAGUACCUUUGAAACGCUCGGUUAUUCUUCUAACAGCAAAAGUGAACAAUGCAGAAACAAUGGCAACGGGAGGAAACAAAUCUGCCAAAUACCAUAAAAGAUUUGGUUUGAUUUCGUGCACCAAUGAAUCUAUAGAAAUGUGUAACAUUGCCAAACUCUUGUUGUUUUCCAAUACGAUAUCACUGCGGUAAUUCCGUUCUUCAUUUGACAUUUGGCUCAGUAUUCUCUUUUCAAUAUCUUCACGAGACAACUCAGGAUUUCUACUUACAAGUCGUUCAAUUUGUGUUUCUCUAUCACAUGAAACGGUUACUACUAACCCACAUAACAAAUCCAAUUUACUCUCAUAUAACAAGGGAACAUCUAAAAUCACUACUCGAUUACAACGAAUGUAAGCUUUAAAGAUUUGCCAUGCCAUUUCAUACUUGACAGCGGGAUGUACAAUUGCAUUCAACACGGCCAAUCUUUCCUUAUUUCCAAACACAGCUUGCCCCAAAGCAGCUCUAUUCAAACUACGAUCGUCAUUGACUAGAUUAGGCACGAUAUCUCCAAAGGAAGCUAUGAUUUUGUUAUAGGCGGGUUUACCUGGGUAUACUACUUCACGAGCAAUUAGAUCUGCAUCUACCACAGUUAAUUUAUGUUUUGAUUGGAGUUGUUUAGAUACAGUGGACUUACCACAUCCUAUUCCACCGGUAAGACCAACAAUAAGCAUAUUUGUAUGGUUAAUGUAUUUGGAUGUAAGCGUUUGCUUCC